AUGAAUGAAGUUCAUGACGUUCAACCGGGCCACAUUUACCAACCUGGUAAUAAAAAGGAGGUUCGUCUGGUCUACCGCAUCCUGUCGGGGCCUUACUGUGGACGCCACCAGAAAUCUUUUUCGCUUACGAAAUGGGGCGUUGCAGGCGCUUGGGAUGCCGCUCAGCAGGCGAAAGCGUACAUGCUGCAGACGGGUCGUCUACCUCCGUCGUUUGCGUCGCCCUACUCGAGAAGCAAGCUGACGAAUGCUUCUGCGAACGCAAUCGUAAAGCCCGUGCGGCCGCCGGGAGUUCCGGGGGUUGAGGGUUUCCUGGGUCCAAUGGACUUGGAUGGCAGCGGCGCUUCAGCGCUCUUCCCUUCCCUAGCCGCUUUCUCGGCCACUACGAAGCCGCCCGACGCGGCCUUGGGUAACUCACUUCACACACGCACGCAACCUCACGGGUUCCAUUGUGAAGAUAAGAGCUACACGAAGAAAUCACCGGCCACAGAGGACGCCCUCAGGUUUCGCUUGGAAGGGGAGUGCACGUCGAUGUCCACUUCCCAGUGCAAGGGUCGCGCCCAACGAGCGACGAGUGGUGCUGCACAGUCUCCAGUAAACCUGAGACACAGACAGCACUCGGUUGGCACGUCUUCUUCCACUACCAGCGCGCCUCUCUCUCCAUUGGGCACAAGCAGCGACUCGGCACCAAGCUCCUCUUCCCUCAUCGACACCUUACACACUGAAUCCGCCGUCGCUGUCGCCGCGCAACUCCUUUCUCCCCUCCUGGCUUCUCUGUGUAAAGUCGAAUCCCAGAUCGGCAGUGGCGAUUACGACGACACUCACGCUAACUUUGAGCCCAACGACAGGAACGGUUCCACGUCACCAUACGGGGGACUGCCUGUGAAAGGUGCUGCAAUGAAGGGUGCGAUGCCGAAGCGUCAUUCCAGUGGGACGAAAGGCACAAUGUCGACAACGAAACAUACAGGAAAGGACUGCACUUCCGACACAGAAGAAACGGUGUCCUCCCUCAGUGGGUCAGACUCGUUCCGAAAACUUCUGUUACCUGCGUCUCUUCGUGUUUCUUCCCCAGGGCUUUCGGCUUUCUCUGACAAUGCCGGCGCACCCUUUCCUUUCUUGCCGUCUCCACAAACGGGGUACCAACGAGCUGCCCCGGGAUGGGCGUACCCCCCGGCUGUGCAGGCGACUUUGGAAGCGACUGCACGGGUUGCUGCGGGGCCUUCUGGCCCAUCGUGCUUUCAAGGCCAAGGGGCCGGCCCCGCAGGCGGCCCUUCUGUCGCCUGCGGGAACCCGGUCCCUUCUGAUUUGCUUAACUUGCAGAUGUUGUCCGGGACAGUUCCUCACUUUGCAACACUCCAGGGAGAUGGAAACGGCGCGGGCCCUUGGGUGGAGAGUCCGACUGUCCCGGUGGGGGCGAACGGGGGAACCGAGGGGAAUGUGAGCCCAGCGACUGCUGCGGCCACCGCCCUCACGCUGCUUCAGUUGGCCGAGCAGAAUGCUGCUCUCCAGCGAAAGGAUCAGAACCAGAUCGAGCCGAACGCUCUGCAGAAGUUCCUCUUGCUCCAGCAGUUUCAGCUGUUGCAGGAAAAGGGGUCCCAUCAGAACCGGAUAUGUCGAAAGAGCGGUGAGUCGCCGUGUGUGGAGGCCCAGGGGAAUCCUGAAGAGAACAGCUUGGCCACUGCGUCGAGAAGUACCCAUGCGUCCGCUGGCGACCUGUCAGAAGUGCAUCAUCUCUCUGACGAGGGUUCCACAGCUGGUGCGCAUGGGUGCACUCGUUCACAAUUGACCCUCAGCAACAUGCCAACCUCUGCCAACCACCGCGAAACGGACACCGAUGAAAAUCCGAGCAGGCUGAAAAAGUGCAUAUCGCCGGACGAGGAAAACGAAGAAUCUGCGAGACUGAAGUUGACGCAGAAUGCCGGACCCAUUUUUUCGUCCCCUCUGCUUCCUCAGGGGCCGAGAGGUGGAGAGCUUCAGGGCCAGGCAACGAAUGAAGAUAUUGAUGCAGUAAACAUGAGCGACACGCUUCGCAAUCUUCUCGCCGCUAGUCUUCAGCGGCAACAGGAGUUGGCAGGCGGUAGUGCGGCUAGCCAGCAGAACGGGGGAGACGGAAGCGUCGCACCACAUGCCCAUGAGCAUUCAGAAAGCUUCUUCAACCUUCGGUCCUUGGCGUCUCUAUUGCCCCAGCAGUCUGGCAUGGGGAAGCCCGAGCAGAAACGAGUCAGUGACGGGCGUGGCAAUCCUUCACAGAGCAGUGUGACGCGUCCGCGAGAAGCGGCACAGGACCGGGAGGCGGCACAGGGUGUUCCGUCCCAUCUCGCAAUGUUCUGGAGGCUUUCCUCGCUCGACGCGGCGUGUAAAAAGAGCAGCGGGCGGGGACCCAUAGGUGCCAGUCCUGUGUCUCUAGAAGGAGACUCCGGGCCACUAUCGGUCGCGAGCGAACCGACGACGACAUCUUUGAACAGCGUACCUGAUAGUUUGGUUGCUUUGGGCCGAGAUUCGCUUCUGGCGGACAGUGACCGUGAGGAUGUCGCUGGCGAGUGCUCGACAAGAACGAGCGGUGAUGCCUCAGAUCAUCCAUCAGCCAUGAAGCUGCUAUCCCCUAUUUCUCUUCCAGGCCACCCCUCUCCGUUCGGCGGGGCACAAAGCCCAGACGCGCUGUGCCUACCUUCGGAAGGGGUUGACGCAGUGCCGUGUGACUUGGGAAGCUCGAGACUAGAUGUCCUAGGCAACGAGGAAAUUCCCUCUUCCUCUGGGGUGGCAACGAGGAGUCAUGGACGCAGCAGCCCGCGGAACCCGCCACGAGAUUAUCUGCAUGAGCAGAUGUGCCCAAACACUCUGGAUGCUCAAGACGCACUUCGACGAGGACUGCCAUCGAACGGGAACCGCACAGAUCUGCUGAGAGACCUUCCGGGUGGCCGCGCAGCAGACAGUUGCUUGGGAGGAGUCCAAGGGGACACAGAAGGGGCUGCGCUUGCGCUCCUGGAAGCUCAGGGUUGUCUGACUGGAAGGGGGGGUGAGGGGAGGGCGACUUUUCCGCUCCAUCAAGCGCCAGAGAACCUCCAGAGUGACAUCCUACAUGACCGAGAAAUGGGGGAGAGGGGUCACCGGAAGCGAAAGGGCCGACUUGAUUCCCCCGGCGAAAUAUGGGAAGGAGACACGAAGCGAGGACGAAUGUUCUGUGGUAUAGCGACGAGUUCUGUUCCCGCUUCCGCAGGAAGUGCCGUUUCAGCUGAACGUGACGCCAUGCGCGCCCUCAGUGAAAUUGGGGAUCGCACGAAAUGGCUUCAAGACUCAGUCCACUCUGCAUGCGCCAGUGAAGAAAACGUGGGAAGUCGGCGAGCAUUUUCCAGUUUUGCUCCUGUGUGA